AUGGCAGGUUUAUCAUUUGACAAUUAUCAAAGAAAUAGUUUCCUAACGGAAAAUUCGCACACACAACCUAAGGCGACUUCCACUGGUACCACCAUUGUAGGCGUAAAAUUUAAUAACGGGGUGGUGAUUGCAGCAGAUACAAGGUCAACACAAGGUCCAAUUGUCGCAGACAAGAAUUGCGCGAAGUUGCAUAGAAUUUCCCCCAAAAUAUGGUGUGCUGGUGCCGGUACCGCCGCCGAUACUGAGGCAGUUACUCAGUUGAUCGGGUCUAACAUUGAAUUGCAUUCCUUAUACACUUCUAGAGAACCAAGAGUAGUCUCUGCUUUACAAAUGCUCAAGCAACACCUAUUUAAGUACCAAGGCCAUAUUGGUGCUUAUUUGAUUGUUGCUGGUGUAGACCCUACAGGAUCUCACUUGUUCUCAAUUCAUGCACAUGGUUCUACUGACGUGGGCUACUACCUUUCUUUAGGUUCUGGUUCUCUAGCGGCAAUGGCCGUGUUGGAAUCACACUGGAAGCAAGACCUUACAAAGGACGAAGCCAUCAAGUUGGCCUCUGAUGCAAUCCAGGCUGGUAUCUGGAAUGAUUUGGGGUCUGGUUCUAAUGUGGACGUGUGUGUCAUGGAAAUAGGUAAAGAUGCAGAAUACUUGAGAAAUUACUUAACUCCGAAUGUGAGAGAAUUAAAGCAAAAGAGCUACAAGUUCCCCAGGGGCACAACUGCUGUGCUGAAGGAAAGUAUUGUCAACAUUUGUGACAUACAAGAAGAACAAAUCGACAUAACAGCGUGA